ACACGAAAAAAAGUCGACGGUUGAGAUUUCUUCAUCCUAUGAAUUCGCCACACAAUAUUCAACCACCAUCUAAAGCUCAAACUCAAUUCCAUUCCCUCGCUUUCCGAGCUUCGUCGUCCUUUAAUUCAUCGCAACAGAAGAAAAACACCUGAGGGAAGGGAAGCGAUACGGCGGCGCCUCCAGACUCCGACGAUAAAUAGCACAAGCUUUAAAAAAAGAAAAUGUUCCUGCGAUUGGUCUCGCGGCCAUUGUUGGCGAGGUUCAAAGAGACGACGGGGAUCGUCGGAUUAGACGUGGUUCCAAACGCCAGGGAAGUCCUUAUCGGGCUCUACGACAAGACCUUGAAGGAUAUCCAGGCCGUACCGGAAGACGAAGGAUACCGUAAGGCCGUGGAGAGCUUCACACUCCACCGUCUGAAGGUAUGCCAAGAGGAAGAAGACUGGGAAAUGAUCGAGAAGCGCCUCGGAUGCGGCCAAGUCGAGGAGCUUAUCGAGGAAGCGCGUGACGAGCUCACUCUUGUCGGGAAAAUGAUCGAGUGGGUUCCUUGGGGCAUUCCCGAUGACUACAGAUGCGAGAUUAUUGAAAAUGAUGCUUCAAUUCCCAAGCAUGUACCUCAACACCGUCCCGGUCCUCUACCAGAGGAGUUCUACAAGACGCUCGAAGCUGUUUCCAAGAAGGAUGAGCCUAAAAUCACCUCUGGGGAGCCACAGAUAAAGGAGUAAUAGCAUGCUGAAAAUCAUUUGGCUGGAUACAAUUAGGUUUUAAGACUCGAGGUUUGCAUUUCUUUUUUGUUCUCAUCCUUUUUGUUUAUGUUUUUCAACCUUGAAUUGGUGCCUGUUUCUUCGAUGGAACAGAGUUUAAACCCUAAUACAAUGGAACCAUUCAAUUGCUAAUAAUGUUAAUAUGGGUCCCAAAAA